AUGUCCCAAGCCGACAUCGACCAGCUCGCAAGCUGGCGUACUCUUGGCGCCCGCAACUCUCAGCAGGUCGUAGACCUCGCGCCGAAAGUCCUCGCAGCCGGAGGGCUAGGUGACGCAGAAUGGAGUGUACGCGAGCAACUGGCAAUUGCAGCACUUGAUCUCGGCCAAAUCUCGCUCGCCAACGCGCAAAUUCGCACACUCGAGACUCGCUUUCCCAAGUCGCCGCGCGUCGAUAUCCUCCUGGGCCUCAAGCUCGAGGCACUCGGGGAGCCUCUCCGCGCCGGCGCAGUGUACAAGCAGCUUCUGAUGAAGGACGAGACGAAUGUUUCGGCGCGGCAGCGGUUUAUUGCCCUGGCACCGAACCGAGAGGAGACGAUCACUCGCCUCCUCAAGUACCUCGACAUUUUCUAUGCCGAUCCACAGGGCUGGAGCCUGCUGGCCGAGCUGUAUGCUGAUGCGGGGGCUUAUGCGCAGAGCCUGACGGCACUGGGUCACCUCAUGGUGCUGCAGACGUGGGAUAGCAUGGCGGUUGUGCGGGCGGCCGAGACGGCGUACACUAUUGGCGACUACCAGCUGGCGCUCAAAUACUUCCUCCGCGCGGUGGAGAUGGAGACGCCGCCGACUGGCAAUCCCGACGGACACCGUACGCGCGCGUGGUGGGGAGUCCAGAUGUCGAGCCGUCGCUUGCUCGAGUCUACGGCUAAGCGUAUCGACAGUGCUGUUCCAGAUCGCUCCACGACCAGCCGCGCGCAGCUUGAGAAGCUCAAUGCCCUCGCGACUGAACGUAUCUUGGCCAUCGGUGGGGCGGGGAUGCAGGUGCGUCGCGCGGUGCUGGCUGGGUAG